AGCAGCAGCAGCAGCAGCAGCUGCUGCCGACUCCCAACAACAACAGCAGCAACAACAGCAGCAACAGCAGCAGCAACAACACCCCUCCCCCCCCCAACCCCACCCCCUCCCCGGAUCCUCGGGAUCGGGAUCGGGAUCGGGAUCGGGAUCGCACCCCACAUACGUCUCCCCGUCCCUCUACAUCGGCGACCUCCACCCCGAAGUAACAGAAGCCAUGCUCUUCGAAGUCUUCAACGCCGUGGGCCCCGUGACCUCCAUUCGAGUCUGCAGAGACUCUGUCUCCAGGCGAUCCUUGGGCUAUGCUUACGUGAAUUAUCAAUCCUUAAAUGAUGCAGAAAGGGCCUUAGACGCUCUCAACUUUGCGUUGAUUCGGGGACAGCCUUGCAGGAUAAUGUGGAGUCAAAGAGACCCUUCUUUGCGGCGGAGUGGGGCGGGGAAUGUCUUUGUGAAAAACCUGGACAAGUCGAUUGACAAUAAGGCCCUUUACGACACUUUUUCUCUCUUUGGAAACAUUCUGAGUUGCAAAGUCGGAGUUGAUGAGUUCAAUCGAAGCAGGGGUUAUGGAUUUGUUCAUUACGAGACAGAAGCUUCUGCAAGAAGUGCAAUUGAGAAGGUUAAUGGCAUGUUAAUCGGGGGAAAGACUGUUUAUGUGGGGCCCUUUGUGACCCGCAGCGAGCGGGAGGGCAGCAGCAGCAGCAGCAGCAGCAGCAGCAGCAGCAGCAGGUUCACGAAUGUGUAUCUUAAGAACAUCCCCGCCUGCUGGGGGGCCCCCGAGACCCUGAGGCCCCUCCUGUCUCCGUUCGGAGACAUCACCAGCCUCGUGCUGCGCCAAGACCCCAAGGGGAGACUCUUUGCCUUCUGCAACUUUGCGCAGCAUGCUGCAGCAAAGGCCUGCGUCGACAGCCUCAACGGCAGACUCGUCAACGCCCACGGCUUCAAGGAAGACAGCAGCAGCAGCAGCAGCAGCAGCAGCAGCAGCAGCGGCAGCGGGGAGGGGGAGGGCGGCGGGAAGGGCGGCGAGGAGCCAGAGACCACGGGAGGGGCGGGGAAGGACAAACAACAGCAGCAGCAGGAACAGCAGCAGCAGCAGCAGGAGGAGACUGCAGCAGCAGCAGCAGCAGCAGCUAAUGGUGCCGACGACCCCAGCAGCAGCAGCAGCAGCAACAACACGCCGAACGGGACCGGCGGGGAGGAGGGGGCAGCAGCAGCAGCAGCAGCAGCAAACCCCACAACCACCGCAACCACGACGAGCAGCAGCAGCAGCAGCACGAACAGCAGCAGCAGCAGCAGCAGCAGCAGCGGGGAGGAGAUGGUGUUGUUUGUGGGGCCGCACCAGACGCGGGCGCAGCGGUCUGCUGCGCUGCGGCAGCGCUACGAGCAGCAGCAGCAGCAAAAAGGAGACAAGUACAGAGGAGUGAAUCUUUAUGUCAAAAACCUAGAUGAGGGUAUAGACGACGCGGAGCUGCAAACCCUUUUUGAGGGUUUCGGGCCCACCAACAGCGUCAAGGUCAUGCGCGACGAAAAGGGUUUGUCUCGAGGCAGCGCUUCCGGGGGCCCCCGGGGGCCCCCCCGCCAGGGGCCCCCGGGGGCCCCCCUCGUCCCGGGGGGCCCCCCGCCCCCCGUGGGCUUCGCUGCUGCUGCGGGGCCCCCGGGGCCCCCCCUCCCCGGGGUGCCGCCCGCUGCUGCGUACCCCCAGAGGCCCGUGCUGUACCCUCCGCAGGGGCCCAUGGCCAUGCUGCCGUGGGCGGGGCGGCAGCAGCAGCAGCAGCAGCACUUCCAGCAGCAGCAGGGCCUCGCGCUGCAGCGGGGGCUGGCGCCAGCAGCAGCGCUGCAGCACAUCUACGGGCCCCAGUCCGCGGUGGCGGCGGCCGCCGCGCUGCAGGCCUCGCUGCAGCAGCAGCAGCAGCAGCAGCAGCCGCUGCUGCAGCAGCAGCGCGGCCCUGCGGGGCACCGCGGCGGGCGGGGGGGCGCUGCGAGCAGCAGCGCGAAGCAGCAGCAGCAGCUGCUGAAGCAGCAGCAGCAGAUGCCGGGCGGCGGCUCCUUCAAGUUCACGCCGCAGGUGCGGAACCCGCGGCUGGAGCAGCAGCAGCAGCAGCAGCAGCAGCAGCAGCUGCACCUGGCCGCCGCGCCGCAGCAGCAGCAGCUCGACGCAGCAGCAGCAGCGCACCUCCUCCUCUCCCCCGACGCCCCCCUCACUGCUGCAGCACUUGCUGCAGCACAGCCCUCGCUGCAGAAGCAAAUGCUCGGAGAAAGACUUUUUCCUUUAAUCGCUCGCCAUCAGCCAGAACUUGCAGGAAAAAUAACUGGAAUGAUGUUGGAAAUGGACAACAGCGAGCUGCUGAUUCUCCUCGAGAGCGAGGCCCAGCUCAAGAGCAAGAUCGACGAGGCCCUCGGGCAACAGCUGCUGCUGCUGCAGCAGGAACAGCAGCAACAGCAGCAGCUGCUGCAGCAGGAACAGCAGCAGCAGCUGCGGCGAGGAACAACAGCGGCAGGAGAGGCGGACUGGUGCAGGAAAGAUGGCUUUGUGCCCAACGCAAAUCUGCUGCAGCAGCAGCAGCAGCAACAGCGCCAACAGCAGCAGCGUCGGGUUGUGUCUUCACAGAUAGCACAGGAGGAGAGGAGGCAACAGGUGCUGUGGCUGCUGCUCCUAGGACAGCAGCAGCAGCAGCAGCAGCAGCAGCAGCAGCAGCGCGGACCGCUGCGGCAGCAGCUGCUGCUGCUGCCCAUCAAUGCACAGGCGGAGACAGGGGAGACAGAGUUGUCUCGCGUCUUCGUUUCCUUUGCUGCAGUGUCAGCAGCAUUUGCUGCAGCAGCAGCAGCAUUAGCUGCAGCAGCAGCGGCACUUGCUGCUGUCGCUGCAGCAAUUGUUGCAGCAGCAGCAGCAGUUGCUGCUGCUGCUGCAGCCCUAUGA